GGUUCUGUGCCAAGCAGGAAGGCGUUGUCCCUAGGGAACUGCAGGCGAGGAAUGGAUAGCUUAAGCAAUCUACGUCAUGCAUACACACAAAACAAAACCUGAUCAGUAGCACAUCCUUUCUCAAUUCUGCUACUUCUCACAAACUUCGCUCUACAAAACUAUCACCCUUUCAACCUGACUCAUACAAAUUUACACAACUCCAACUAUGGCUAUCGGAAUCUUCACCAUCCUGGCUGGCCUCGUCGCCUUGGCCGGCGCAUAUCUCUACUUCUUUGGCCUUUCGCCUGAAACCAAGCGCAAGCUCGAGAACCAGGCACUCAAGACAAUGGGCGAGAACAAGCUAUCCUACGCCGCCAAAGACCAGAUCAACAAGAUCCCAUCCUCCGACCAGGAAGACAUCAAGCAGCUCAAAAAGGGCAUUAGCAACCUCGCUGGUGGAGCCGUGCAGAACCCUCUCGGGGACCAAGCUGUUCGAGCGGCGACCCAAGUUUGGGAUGCAGCUCAGGACUACUCGAGGAGUGCACUCGAGCGAGUCGAUUGGGAUUCAGUGCAAGGAUAUACAAAGAGUGCGCUGGAGCGGGUUUCGACCAUGACGGGGACGGCGAAAGGGAAGAUUGUCGAAAAGACGCAGUAA